CUUUUUUUCUUUUUCUUUUUCUUUUUUUUUUUCCAAACCAAAUUAGACCGAUCCACCAGUUAUAGUAUUUCACUUUUAGACCUGCUAGGCAGAUUUAACAAAUUAAAAAAGAUAAUGAUGGAAAAAACCCUAGUUUAAGAAUGAAGUCGAGAUACGAAGAUUUGAUGUUUCUUUUUUUACUUUAUUUAUGUUUUCUAUUUUAUCAAUAAUAAUUAGGACAAUCAAUGAACAAAUACAUGCAUAUAAAUUAAUACUAACAUACAUGCAAAAGCUUCAGUCUUGAAUUCUUGAUGCAUUGUCUAAUUCGUCAAUAACACACACCCAGAUAUGCAUGUUUACUAACAAACUAAUCCAAAUGUAUUAUCACAGGUGAAAAAAAAAGGGAAAGGGAUUGCCAAAAAUGGCCUUUCACCAUUACCAUCUUCUCAUGAUUUCAACCAUAAUCCUAUUAUCCCAAGCACAACUAUCAACAAGCUGGCUCUUUUCGGCCAAACAAGAAACUCACACGGGCACGAAGAACACGAUGAUGUCUGAAUUCUCCAUGGAAGCUCUCCACGACCCUAAGGGCGUACAGCUCAUCGACAAUGCCAGGACAAAAAUGAAAGCUCCAGAUUCUUGCUGGCAAGCCUCCUACCAAAACAUGUUCGAAAGUUGCUCGAAAAUCCUUGCAGACCAAGAAUUGCGGGCCCGCCUGGCCUGGCAUCUUAGCGACUGCUUCCAAAGCCACACGGGCAGGCCCGGUUUUCCUUACUGUGACCCCAAAUCGGUCAUGAAGAAAUGUUUGACCAAUCUCGAUACAGACGAGCACAAAAUCUUUCUCGAGUACUUUCUCGAGACCAACUCCAUUUGCCACCAGCUGCAAUUCUUUUCGAAAGAGAGGAACUUGUUAGAGAGACUGGUAAAUGAACUAAAGAAUACGGCUGAAUAUGCAGAGGUCAAAUUGGAGAAGAUAGAAGAACAAGGGGAGGUACUGCUCCAGAACUCGAAGCACGUGCAUGAAUCAUUGGCCUCGAUAGAUUUACAAACUCAGCAAGUUGCAAAGACAUCGAGGACGGUCGAGGAUCGUGUUAGCUCGGUUUUGAAAUAUUCCGAGAAAAUUCACGAGCAGUCUAAGGGGAUCGAGGAUUCUCAAGUCGAGCUGAGGGAAAGCCAGGUGAAAAUGAAGGAAAGUUUGAUAGAAGGCAUGGUGCUUCUCGAGAAUUCUUAUAAAAGUUUGGGGGUGGAAAUAGUAAAUAUGAGACAUGAGGCGGUUGAAAUCGAGAAGGAGAUUGGGAAAGUUGGGGAUGCUAUGUCUCUGAAGAUGAGUGUUUUGCAGAGCAAGGCAGAUGAUAUUGGGGAUAUUGCAGGGACAUCCUUGGACAAACAAAAGCAGCUUUUGGAUGGGCAGUCAGUUGCUCUCGAGGGCCUCAAUUUUCUCACCAAGUUUCAGUCCCAGGCCCUUGAAGAGAGCAGGGAAACUCUGCAGAGGUUAGCUGAAUUUGGUCACAAACAGCAAGAGGAACUACUGCAAAAGCAAAAACAACUCCAUCAGUCUCAUGAUCAGUUAGUGGAGAACUCAAAACUAAUAAUAGCAGCACAGGAAGCAUUUGAAUCCAAGCAAGCAAGCAUGUUUCUUGCCAUAGACAAGCUAUUUUCCCUACAGAGUGCCAUGCUAUUCGAGUCUCGAGUGAUCACCACUUUUUUUGUAUACACUAUUGCAAUUUUUAUCAUCUACAUGCUGACCAGCAUAAAGCAAGCGUACAACGUGAGACACAGACUCUACUUAGGUCUGUGCGUAGCAUUUUUUAUUGAAGUAAUUAUACUGUGGUAUAUAACAACAGAAGCUGAAAGGCAAGGGAGGAUAAUUCAUGCAGUUAGAUCACUCUUUUGGUUUCUUGCGUCCGUCCAAUAUCUGUAUGCCAUUUUUACCUACAGGGAUUAUGAAGUGCUUAACCAUCAAAUGCUACUGACACUAAUGGAGAAAGUGAACAUAAUGCAAGGUGGGAAAGGGCUAUUGUCAUGGGAUGACAUGGAUGCUGAGAGCGAAGUAAACUGGUCUUCAUGGGUCGAUACUGAGUUACCAGAAGAGGUGAACUUGUCAGAAGACCCUGACUACUUAUUACCUAAGGAAAUCGAGGAUGAUUCCUCUAUGAGCAGUUCAAAUACCAAGAGAUAUAAUCUCCGUAGGCGAAAUUGAAAUUUUUUGGUGCUCAUAAUAUUUCCUGCUAUUGUUUAGUUUUAAGUUUUAACUAGUAACCAAACAGGACAGGGAUUUUGUAAUUUAAAGACAAGAUACAAAAAUGUUGAGCCUGAGAUAUUUGUUUGACAUUGCAUUUAAUGUAUCAAUAUACGAUGAAACUUCCAUAAUCAACGUCAGUUCUCUGAGGGUGUUCUUAUUCGGAAUACUAAAAGAGUG